AUGUUAACUUUUGAAACUUCUCAAUUACAAGGUGCUAGAGAUAUUGUUGAAAAAUUAACUUCAUUACCAUUUCAAAAAGUUGCUCAUAGAAUUUCUACUUUAGAUGCUCAACCAGCUAGUCCAAAUGGUGAUAUUUUAGUUAUGGUUACUGGUGAAUUAUUAAUUGAUGAAGAACAAAACCCUCAACGUUAUUCUCAAGUCUUUCAUUUGAUUCCUGAUGCUGGUUCUUACUAUGUCUUUAAUGAUAUUUUUAGAUUAAACUAUUCUUAG